AUGGGCUAUUUCAAGUAUGGUAAAAUGAUGAAAGCCAUGGAGCUCAUAACAAGAAUGAGACGUGAUGGGAUGAGACCGAGCGGUGCUAUAUACACGACGCUAAUACGUGGUGCAAGCCAAGCCGGAAACUGGGACAUUGCCUUGGAGAUCUUUGAUGCAGAUGGUCAUGCUUUAAACGUAAUUCAGUUCAACGCUCUCAUCGAUGGGCUGAUAAAAAGUGGUAGAUGGGAUGAUGCAAAGAGACUCUUUGAUGAAAUCUCGGACAAGGGUUUGGUGCCUGAUCCAAUUACGUACAAUACAAUGAUCAGUGGCUAUUGCAAACAUGGAAAGCUAGAAGAAGCCACUGAGCUUAUAAGACGCAUGAAACAUGAGGGGCUGGAACCAGACAGUUAUACGUAUACUUCACUGAUACACGCUUCUUGCCGAGCUGGAGAUUCAGAUGCUGCUCAAGAUAUCUUCAAUGCAAUACGCAAGUCUGGUCAAUCUCCCGACAUAUUUCAGUUCAAUGCUCUCAUCAGUGGUCUCAUAAAAAAUGGGAAGCUGGAUGACGCAAAGAGACUCUUUGAUGAAAUCCAGAACAUGGGAUUGGUGGCAGAUGUGGUAACGUACAAUAUAGUUAUCGAUUCCCUCUGCAAACAUGAGAUGCUAUCAGAAGCCAGAGCAUUGUUCUAUGAAUUAGAAUCAAAGGGUUGUUCACCCGAUUCUGUUAUGUUCAACACCGUUAUAACUGGCUUCCUUCAACUGAACAAGGUUAAAGAUGCUGUCCCGCUUCUUGAGAGCAUGCUCGAUAGGAAAUUCACCCCAGACAUUGGGGUUAAACACAGACUGCAUCGAGUUCUUGCUCGUCCUGAUGCUCGUAAAGCCCUUCAGCCACUUCUAGACACUUACGGGGAGAACAUUUUCGAGUGA